UUAUAUAUAUUUUUUUAAUUUUGCAUUUGACUUAAAGUGCCAUGAGAAAAUUUGCAUAUUGCAAGGUGGUCCUAGCCACCUCCUUGAUUUGGGUACUCUUGGAUAUGUUCCUGCUGCUUUACUUCAGUGAAUGCAACAAAUGAGAUGAAAAAAAAGAGAGAGGACUUCCUGCUGGGGAUGUUCUAGAGCCAGUACAAAAGGCUCAUGAAGGUCCUGGAGAAAUGGGGAAACCAGUCGUCAUUCCUAAAGAGGGUCAAGAAAAGAUGAAAGAGAUGUUUAAAAUCAAUCAGUUCAAUUUAAUGCCAAGUGAGACGAUUGCACUCAACAGAUCUUUACCAGAUGUUAGGUUAGAAGGGUGUAAAACAAAGGUGUAUGCAGAUAAUCUUCCUACCACAAGUGUGGUGAUUGUUUUCCAUAAUGAGGCUUGGAGCACACUUCUGCGAACUGUCCAUAGUGUCAUUAAUCGCUCACCAAGACACAUGCUAGAAGAAAUUGUUCUAAUAGAUGAUGCCAGUGAAAGAGACUUUUUUUUUUUUUUUUUUUUUUUUGCGGUACGCGGGCCUCUCACUGUUGUGGCCUCUCCCGUUGUGGAGCACAGGCUCCGGACGCGCAGGCUCAGCAGCCAUGGCUCACGGGCCCAGCCGCUCCGCGGCAUGUGGGAUCUUCCCAGACUGGGGCACGAACCCGUGUCCUCUGCAUCGGCAGGCGGACUCUCAACCACUGCGCCACCAGGGAAGCCCGAAAGAGACUUUUUGAAAAGACCUCUAGAGAGUUAUGUGAAAAAAUUAAAAGUACCAGUUCACGUAAUUCGAAUGGAGCAACGUUCUGGAUUGAUCAGAGCUAGGUUAAAAGGAGCUGCAGUGUCUAAAGGCCAAGUGAUCACCUUUUUAAAUGCUCACUGUGAAUAUACAGUGGGGUGGCUGGAGCCUCUCUUAGCCAGGAUCAAACAUGACAGGAAGACAGUGGUCUGUCCUAUCAUUGAUGUGAUCAGUGAUGAUACUUUUGAGUACAUGGCAGGACCUGGUGGAUUCAACUGGAAGCUCAACUUUCGCUGGUAUCCUGUUCCCCAAAGAGAAAUGGACAGAAGGAAAGGUGAUCGAACUCUUCCUGUGAGAACACCUACAAUGGCAGGAGGCCUUUUUUCAAUAGACAGAGAUUACUUUCAGGAAAUUGGAACAUAUGAUGCUGGAAUGGAUAUUUGGGGAGGAGAAAACCUAGAAAUUUCCUUUAGGAUUUGGCAGUGUGGAGGAACUUUGGAGAUUGUUACUUGCUCACAUGUUGGACAUGUGUUUCAGAAAGCUACACCCUACACGUUUCCAGGAGGCACAGGGCAGAUUAUCAAUAAAAAUAACAGACGACUUGCAGAAGGGUGGUUGGAUGAAUUCAAGAAUUUCUUCUAUAUAAUUUCUCAAGGUGUUACAAAGGUAGAUUAUGGAGAUAUAUCAUCAAGACUUGGUCUAAGACACAAACUCCAAUGCAGACCUUUCUCUUGGUACCUAGAGAAUAUUUAUCCCGAUUCUCAGAUUCCACGUCACUAUUUCUCUUUGGGAGAGAUACGAAAUGUGGAAACAAAUCAGUGUCUAGAUAACAUGGCUAGAAAAGAGAAUGAAAAAGUUGGAAUUUUUAGCUGUCACGGUAUGGGAGGUAAUCAGGUUUUCUCUUACACUGCCAACAAAGAAAUUAGAACAGAUGACCUUUGCUUGGAUGUCUCCAAACUUAAUGGCCCAGUCACAAUGCUCACAUGCCACCACCUAAAAGGCAACCAACUUUGGGAGUAUGAUCCGGUGAAACUAACCCUGCAGCAUGUGAACAGUAAUCAGUGCCUGGAGAAAGCCACAGAAGAGGACAGCCAGGUGCCCAGCAUUAGAGACUGCAAUGGAAGCCGGUCCUAGCAGCAGUGGCUUCUUUGAAAUGUAACCCUUCCAGAAAUAUUCUGAGACCAAAUUUACAAAAAAAGAAAAAAAUAAGGAUUGACUGGGCUACCUCAGCAUACAUUUCUGCCACAUUCUUAAGUAGCAAAAAAGGAAAAGUGCUUUCCUCCUGCAGGAUGUAAGGUUUAUCAGCCAUUAAAACUUAAACUGCUCUCUCUUUCACUAGCUGUGAACCGGCCUUCCUGUCCAAGGACGUGAAACUACAUAGUAGUGAGAUUGUGCACACUGAUGUUUACAAGAUUAAGAGUCUUUCAUCAAGAAUCAUUGUAAAGAAUAUUCAGACUGAAACAAUCUACGAAAUGUGCUUUCCAGAGAGCAGCACCUUUUAUGGUUUGCUUGCACAUCAGUCAUUUCUGCUGAAUGUGCUGUUAUAAUGAAGAGAUGUCCAAGAUUUUUUUUUCUGAUUAGAACUGGUAGCCAGUAUAUUAAAUAUUGAUAUAAAAAUAAAUGAAAAAGAACUGGAACCAGAUUCAGAAUCAUGAAAACAUUUUUACAACAACUUAAAAAACUAUAUUAAACAGGGUUUAAAGGAAAUUAAAACAGAACUAUGAGAAGUACAAUUUGUUAUAGUAUAGUAUCAAAUUUCUAUAUAGAUUUUAUACCUCAGUGGGGGAAAAUAAC